AUGGAUACCUACCGGAGCUCCCUGCCUGCCGCCCUCCUGCUCUGCUGCUUCCUCUGGGAUAUACCGUGCACCCAGCAGGCAUCCAUCCCUGCCAACCAGCAAGAGAGGGCGCUGAGGAGCCCGCACAGGGCGGUCACCCGGGAGCAGCCGCGGGCAGUGCCAGUGGUGCCCCACGAAUACAUGCUGUCCAUUUACAAAACUUUCUCUACGGCUGAAAAACUUGGGAUCAAUGCCAGCUUCUUUCAGUCCUCCAAGUCUGCCAACACCAUCACUAGCUUUGUGGACAGAUACUGGGACGAUCUCUCUCACUCUCCUUCUAGAAGACAGAGGUAUUUGUUUGAUGUGUCCACCCUGUCUGACAAAGAAGAGCUGGUGGGAGCUGAGCUAAGGAUCUUUAGGAAUUCUCCUAUGGAGUUAUCCAAAGCCCCUUUGGGGUUGCACCACCUGCAGGUGUUAUCCUGCACCUCCCGAACUCCAUUGGAUUCCAGGACUCUGGAUCUAAGGGACGUGACAGUUCCAGGAUGGGAAGUGUUUGAUGUAUGGAAAAGCCUGAAAAGUAUCAGUAAACCCAGAAAGCAAAUUUGUUUGGAGUUAAGAGCCACCUCCGUCACCUCUGGCAUGGAGGUGAGUCUAAGAAGUCUAGGCAUGUCCAGAAAACCCAAAUCUCACCAGGAGAAGGCUCUCCUAGUGGCUUUUACCAAAUCCAAGAAGAAGAACCUCUACAAUGAGUUGAAGGAACAAGUUCACUCAGCCAAAGGGCUGGAGAAAGAAGCCAGGUUGCAAUUUAAGACUAAGAGGAAGAGAAGGACGACGUUUAAUAGUCGGCACGGCAAACGACACGGUAGGAAAUCCCGUCUACGGUGCAGCAAGAAGCCACUCCAUGUGAACUUUAAGGAGCUAGGAUGGGAUGACUGGAUCAUUGCUCCCUUAGAAUAUGAAGCCUAUCAUUGUGAGGGAGUAUGUGACUUUCCUCUCAGGUCUCACCUAGAGCCAACCAACCACGCCAUUAUCCAGACCUUGAUGAACUCCAUGGAUCCAGGGUCUACUCCCCCAAGUUGUUGUGUCCCUACAAAAUUGACUCCUAUCAGUAUUUUGUACAUUGAUGCAGGUAAUAAUGUGGUAUACAAACAGUAUGAAGACAUGGUGGUAGAGUCUUGCGGCUGCAGGUAGCAGUUGCUUUGGAUCAGUUCUCUGUAUCAUCGUAGCUGAUAUGAAGGGAUAUAAAGACAACUCAUGGACAAGAGAGGGCUGGCCCAGGACGGAGUUCCUUCUAUCCAACUUCCAUAAGUGAAGGGAUUGUGGUUUCAAUCUGUCUGGUGCACCCCUAAUUCUUGCACCAUGCAAAACAGGCGCAGGUCAGUGGUGGCUUUGUGUGGACAAAUUAUAGGCAAAGCCAAAUCUACGUGCCAACUGGGUUAGCAAUAAAAUCUGCAUUCGUCUUAUGGUAGGUCAUUGAGUUCCACCGAAAGAUC